AUGUGGAGGUGGUGGCUGCGGGCGACGGUCAGAGCCAUGUCUGGUGGGGGAGCCGGCCCGGUGCCCCGCCGCCAGCGCCCGCCCAAAGACGCGCUGCGCCACCUGCGCUCGCGGGAGAAACGCCUGGGUGCCGCGGGGGCCUCCGCACGCCAUGGGGCUCGCACCGUCUUCGUGCAGGUGGCGGCUGCUGGCACGCGCGACGCGGGAGCCGCGCUCUACGUGUUCUCCGAGUUCAACCGGUAUCUUUUUAAUUGUGGAGAAGGAGUACAGCGCCUUAUGCAAGAGCACAAGUUGAAAGUGGCUCGCUUAGACAACAUUUUCCUUACCAGAAUGAACUGGGCCAAUGUUGGUGGUCUGUCUGGAAUGAUUCUUACCUUAAAAGAAACAGGAGUUCCAAAGUGUGUGCUCUCUGGACCACCACAGUUGGAAAAGUAUCUGGAGGCAAUAAAGGUCUUUUCUGGCCCACUAAAAGGAAUAGAAUUAGCUGUGCGGCCCCAUUCUGAUCCAGAAUAUGAGGAUGAAACGAUGACUGUCUAUCAGGUUCCCUUGGUAGGAAAGGAGCCCCUAAAUAACCAAAGGCAGCUUGCAUGCUCUGAAGCAGCAUCACCAGCAGAUGGGACUGACCAAACGCAUAACUCGGGACGAAGAUCUCCCUCUAAGGAGCAACAGUACCGAAGGGAUGACAGGAGCAAAGCAUCCCCUGAUAAAAUGGAUGGCAGCAAACAAGUUGGCCAGAGGGAUCCAUCUUUGGUUGUUGCAUUCGUUUGUAAGCUCCAUCCAAAGAAAGGAAACUUUUUGGUGCUUAAAGCAAAGGAGCUUGGCUUGCCUGUGGGCACAGCAGCUAUUGCUCCAAUCAUUGCAGCCGUAAAGGACGGAAAAAGCGUCACGUUUGAAGGCAAAGAGAUCUUGGCUGAAGAACUUUGCACCCCUCCAGACCCAGGUGUUGUCUUCAUCGUAGUGGAGUGUCCUCAUGAAGGCUUUGUAGAUGCAGUCUGUGAAAAUGCCACGUUGCGAAGAUAUCAAGAAGAUAAACAGGAGAAUCCUGUGGCUUUGGUUGUCCACAUAACCCCAGAGCCUAUCUUACGGGACAGUCGGUAUAAGCAGUGGCUAGAAAGAUUUGGUGCUGAUACUCAGCACUUGAUUCUCAAUGAGAACUCCCACUCGGUGCACAAUCUUCGUAGCCACAAAAUUCAAACCCAGCUCAACCUCAUCCAUCCAGAGGUCUUCCCGUUACUCACUAGCUACCAGAGCAAGGAAGAAGAAGCCACAUUCAGUGUGCCUGUUAUGCGAGGAGAGUGCCUUCUCAAAUACCAGCUGAGGCCCAAGGCUGAAUGGCAGAGAGAGGCUGCUGUUGUUUCUAACGCUGCUGAGUUUAUAGCUGAAGCCCUGGAGCUGCCUGAUUUCCAGGAGAGUGUACAGAAGUGCAAAGAGAGCUUACCAGUCCAACUGGCAUCGUCAGGAAAUAUGGACAGGUAUCCAGAAGUUGUAUUUUUAGGAACUGGUUCUGCAGUCCCAAUGAAAAUACGGAAUGUCAGCUCAACAUUGAUAAAUGUCAGUGCCACCCAGUCUCUGGUUCUGGAUUGUGGUGAGGGGACAUUUGGCCAGCUUUGCCGCCAUUACGGAGAUGACAUUGACCAAAUCCUGUGUAACAUUGUGGCUGUGUUUGUAUCUCAUAUACAUGCAGAUCACCAUACCGGCUUGUUGAAUAUCGUGUUGCAGAGGCAUCGAGCGUUUAUGUCCCGUGAUCAGCCCUACAGCCCACUGUUACUGGUUGCUCCCACACAGCUUAUGACAUGGCUGCAUCAGUUCAAUGACCAUUGCCAAGAAGUCCUAGGGCACAUCAAUAUGAUUCCUGCCCGGUUUCUAAUGGAAGGGGCUGAUGUCUUUAAACCUAAAGCAAAGACAUUCAUUUGUUUGCUUAUGGAGAAAUAUGACUUUGCAAAGUUUCAGACGUGUGAAGUCCGGCAUUGUAAAAAUGCCUUUGCAUGUUCAAUGGUCCACAAAUCUGGAUGGAAAAUUGUCUAUUCUGGUGACACUAUGCCAUGUGAAGCAUUAGUUGAAAUGGGGAAAAAUGCUUCUCUGUUGAUUCAUGAAGCUACACUGGAGGAUGGCUUGGAAGAGGAGGCUAUAGAGAAGACUCACAGCACUACUUCACAGGCAAUUAAAGUUGGGAUGAAGAUGAAUGCAGAAUUCAUCAUGCUUAAUCACUUCAGCCAGCGCUAUGCUAAAAUCCCUCUCUUCAGCGAGGAUUUCAGUGAAAAAGUUGGAAUUGCAUUUGAUCACAUGCAGGUUCGCUUUGGUGAUUUUGCAGCUGUUCCAAAGCUGAUCCCACCGCUGAAAGCCUUGUUUGCAGAUGAGAUUGAAGAGAUGGAAGAGCGAAGAGAGAAACGAGAGCUGCGGCUUUUCAGAGAGGCAGUAAUAGCCUCUGAGGCCCGGACUGCUAAAACAAAACUGGAAGGUGGAGCGGACCCUCACGGAGCACCGAACAAAAAACUCAAAACUGCCAACUGAGCAAAGCAGCCAAUGGCUGCCUUUGUGCCUUUCUUGCUAGGGCGAGAGUGACUUACGCAUGACACAUGAUGUGCACAGAAUCGAAGGUUCCAGGAGGUGGCAUCAGCAUAUUUGAGCUCUGCUUGCUCGUGGGCACUGUGAAAAAUUACUUAUGCUGCUUAUACGGGUGGAAUUACUGUUGAAUUUAAUUGCAGAGCUGGAAAAAUGCACUU